AUGGGAAAUUUUGAAGGUCAUGCACUGCCUGGAUCUUUCUUCAUUGUUUUUGCAUUAUGGUGGACUGUUCAAAUGUUUCAUAGAUACCUGACUUGUCAGCGACAAAAUCUACGUUUUACAUCCACACCAACUUAUCCAUGUGUUUGUUUAUGUGGCAAAGCAAAAAAUUGGCCGAUAGAAUCUUUAUUGAAACUCUUCUUUACAAGUGUGGGAAUAAUUGGAGAAAUAUACACAGGAUUCAAUAGUGGUAAGUUCACUACCCCAGAAAAUGGACAGCAUGCCACCAUGUUCUUCUUCUUCGGUUUGACAGGAAUCAUGGAUUUGUUGGUGUACUUCCGAUUUCCAGUACUCAAAGACAUAGAAUAUGUGAGCAUGAUCAUCGCAGUAACAGUGGAAGGAAUGCUGUUCAAGUUUCACCUACACGGUAGGGAUGGUGUUGAUGUACUUGUUCACACACUUCUGGUUUACACCAUUAGUGCUUCUGUACUGGCAUUGCUGGCAGAAAUGAGGUGGAGAGAUAACAUUCUUAUAGCAUUGUCAAGGCCUUACUUCAUUUUGUUACAAGGCACCUGGUUCUGGCAAAUAGCUUUCAUUUUGCAUAACCCUUUGCCUGGAGCAAAGGAAUGGAACUCAGAAGAUCACCAUUCAUAUCUGAUUGCCACCAUGUAUUUUGCAUGGCAUUGUGGAGUGGCCUUCAUAACUAUGUUCCUCAUUGGUGUGUGCAUGACUUGCUUUCACAAAAAAUACAGAUCUAAUGAUAACAUGGCAACUAAUAUGAUGUCUUUGAUGACAAAAGACAUUAAUAAUCUUAAUUAUAAGCCAUUAAGGAAGGACAGUGACAAUUCUGAUUUUGAACCCUAA